AUGUCGGAUUUUUUUGGUUGUGGUCCAUGUGGUUAUGCGGAUAAUAAUAGAAACGCAGAGAAGUGGUGUACGGUUUGUGAGGAGGGGUUAUGUACAGAUUGUGAACAGGUUCAUAAAUCGAUCAAAACAACAAGAAAUCACAGGGUCAUAUCAACCGAUGAUUUCCAACAGAUAAAAAAUAUUUCCAUCAGCCUAACCUGUAAAAACCAUGACAAGCCACUUCAGCUGUAUUGUAAAACACAUGAUGUUGCAGUUUGUUUAGGUUGUAUAUCUCGUCAUUGGGCAUGCUCUGACGUCAUUCCUUUAGAUAAAGCUGCUGAAAAUGCAAAACAUUCAACUGCACUGGCCGAUUUAGAGGACACUUUAACAAUAGCAUCACGAAAUCUCGAACAAAUUAUUAAUGAUCGUUCUGCAGCAUUGGAAAAUUUAGAUGGUCAGAGGCAAACAAUUAAAGAUACAAUCAAUGAUACACGAGAAAAAAUAUUACAAAAGUUUGACGACUUAGAACAAAAACUGCUUUUUGAGUUAGACACACAACAUGGUAAAUGUAAAUCCGAACUUAGCAAACUUUUAAACCGUUUAAAAAAUUCGGAACGAGAUUUGAAUUGUCUGAAAGAGCAAACAUCGCAAUUGAAAUCAUUUGCAUCCGAGAUUCAGCUUUUCCUGGGAACGCGUCAGAUCGAUAAUACAGUCUUCAUAGAAGUAAAAUCUGUCAAAGAAGGAAUCCAGUCUGUAUCGAACUAUGAAGUGAACUUACAGUUACACACUUCUAUCAUAGCAUUAAUGAACGAAGUAGAUCAGCUAGGGAACAUACAUGUUAAGAAGACCACCACUAGUUUACCGUUCAAAGAGGCAAAAGAAGAUCAAGCCCAAAUACAACUUCGAGUGCCCGAAAUGAGAACCAUUAAAAACAUCCGCUUGAAGUUGAAGAAGAGAUUUGAAGUGAAUAGAAAAGGUUAUCUGAUAUGGUUGUCUGGAUGCACCAUGUUAUCAAAUGGUAAUGUGUUAAUUGCUAAUUACAGGGGAAGUAACGUACUAAUGGAGUAUAGUCAAGACGGUAAACAUAUCCGUGACAUACCAUGCUCUGAUGUACCCUUUGAUUUGACAGUUAUAGACAGUGACCGUAUUGCUGUUACAUACGGACAUAAAAUGUAUCUAGAGAUUUUGAAUUUAAAGAACACUACUGUCGAGAAGAAAGUGAAAUUUUCUAAGGACUGCUAUGGAAUAUCAUACCAGGACAAUAAACUGUUUAUCAUUUCAGGAGGCAUUGUAAUAACAGAUAUUACAGGAAAAGUACUUCAAAAAUUAAGAGUUGACUGUGGAUUUUACUUAGAAACAACCAUUGAUAGAAUCUACUUCACCGUCGGAACAGAUCAUACUGUACGUUGUAUCUCAAUGAUAGGUGAGGAGAUAUGGGUACAUGAAUGGGAAUCUUUAGUCGAUUCGAGGGGCAUCACUGUGGAUGAUCAUCAAAAUGUAUAUGUUGCUAAUUUUUAUUCAAAUUCCCUUACAGUAAUACAGCAUGACGGGAAAGCAAGUAAAACACUACUUACUAAAUCGGACGGUCUGAACUCACCAUCUGCUCUAAAAUACAACAAAGACAAAAAAGUAUUACUUCUGUGUAACGAGAGAGAUGGUGCAGCAUUAUACAAUCUUGAAUAG